AUGAAUCCUACUAUGACACCUUGUGCAGCACCCCCUGGAUUCUAUGGUGGACCAUAUCUGCCAUCUCAUAUUCCAUACGGGUAUCCAACUCCUUGUGUACCAGACCCUGGGAGCUAUCCAGUACCAUUUCCUGGAUAUGGUGGACCAUUCCCACAACCAUUCUUUGGACCACCACAGCCAUAUCCCAGCAUACCCUAUGCAUAUGGCCCAUGUCCUGGAAUGUUCCCGCCUGGAUACAUGGUACCUCAGCAGCAAUACCCACAGCCAUGCAUGUAUGGAGGACCACCAAUGCCACCACCACCGUUGGCACACUCACAGAAUGGGGUAGCUGAACAAUGUCCUGUUAUGCCAACAAAUGAAAUUCCUAAUAACAUCCGUGACCAGGAACAAAGAACUGGUUCAGCACUGAUGAAACCUGGAGACGCCAGCAGCUGUGAAUCUGUCCUGCCUGCACCAGUGUACCAUCAGCAGCAGCAGAUCUCCACAGUUCCUAGGAAGAGUCCACCGGGUUUUCCACAAAUACCGAGUGGUGAUAUAUCACCUGCUAGUAUUCAGUGGAAUACCAUGGUGUCAAAUGGUGAUCUCCAAGUUCCUGGAAUUCCAAACACAGACAUACAGGACAAAGAUGAUUCUGAGACAGAUGGCAGCGAGUCUGAGUUAUGGCUACAGAGUAGUGAGUAUUCAACUGCUAGUUGCCAAACAACUCCAGACACUAAUGAUACAUCUGACUGCCAACAACAACUACCGGACUUGACUGCGGAUACACAGCCACCUAGGAGCGAUGCUUUGCCUGAGCAUAGCAAUGACAAAGUUGUGAAUGCUCAGACAAUCGACUAUUUACAGGAGCCCUCCUACCAAGAGCUGGUUACAGAACAAGAGGAAACAGCAACCUCUUCACUACUGGAUCCACAACAGAAGGAAAUAAGUGAAGCGCUGAAUGCUGAUUCCACGCUUUCUGUACCAGCAAUAGCUGUGUAUGUUACCAUAACCACCACUGAAAGUGACACCACAGAUGGCCAAACCAGGUCUACUUGGAAUGCGGCCAACAAGGACCUCCCUUUGAACAAUUACAGAGAGUUGCUUGUUUGUGUAUUUCACUUUGUAGACCAUGGGCUGGGCAUUCCAUCUGGGCUGCCACUUGAGAACAAGUGCUGGGUUGUACCAUGGCCCAUCACAUUAACUUAG